AUGGCGGCCGCCCCGGCAUCGCCUCAGCCGGCGGACAUGGAGCGGGCCGAGGCGGCGGGCGGCGAAGGGAGCGGCGGCGGCGGUCCGGGGGAGACGGGGCCGGGGCCGACGGGGCCGACGGGGCCGGGUCCCGAGCCCGAGCCGGGCGGCGGGGAGCCGGGCCCCGACGCCGAGGACUUCGAGUGCGGCGAGCACUGCCCGGCGCUGUCGUGGCGGCAGAACGAGCAGCGGCGCCAGGGCCUGUUCUGCGACAUCACGCUGUGCUUCGGCGGCGGCGGCGGGGGCGGCGGGGCGGGCGGAGGGGCCGGCGGGGGCGGGGUGGGGGACCGCGAGUUCCGCGCCCACCGGUCGGUGCUGGCCGCCGCCACCGAGUACUUCACGCCGCUGCUGUCGGGCCCGUUCUCCGAGUCGCGGUCCGGGCGCGUGGAGAUGCGCAAGUGGAGCUCCGAGCCCGGGCCCGAGCCCGACACGGUGGAGGCCGUCAUCGAGUACAUGUACACCGGCCGCAUCCGCGUCUCCACCGGCAGCGUCCACGAGGUCCUCGAGCUGGCCGACAGGUUCUUGCUGACGCGCUUGAAGGAGUUCUGCGGCGAGUUCCUCAAGAAGAAGCUGAACCUCUCCAACUGCGUGGCCAUCCACAGCCUGGCCCACAUGUACACCCUGAGCCAGCUGGCCCUGAAGGCGGCGGACAUGAUCCGCCGCAACUUCCACCGAGUCAUCCAGGACGAGGAGUUCUACACGCUGCCCUUCCACCUGAUCCGCGACUGGCUGUCCGACCAGGAGAUCACGGUGGACUCGGAGGAGGUGCUCUUCGAGACGGUCCUGAAGUGGGUGCGGAGGAACGCGGACGAGAGGGCGCGGUACUUCGAAGAGCUGUUCCGGCUGCUGCGCCUGUCGCAGAUGCGGCCCACCUACCUGACGCGGCAGGUGAAGGCGGAGCCGCUGGUGUCCGGCAGCGAGGCCUGCGCCCGCCUGGUGUCGGAGGCCGUGGAGCGUCACGCCCUGCGGGCCGAGGCCCUGCAGUCCGGCGGCCCCCCGCCGGCCCCGGCCCCCGCGGCGGCGGCGGCGGCGGCGACGGCGACGGCGGCGGAGGUCUCCGCCCUGCCCCGCUUCGGGCAGAACAUGGACGUGAUCAUGGUCGUCGGCGGGGUGUCGGAGGGCGGGGACUACCUGAGCGAGUGCGUGGGCUAUUUCAUCGCCGAGGACCGCUGGGUGAACCUGCCCCACAUCCACAACCACCUGGACGGGCACGCGGUGGCCGUGACCGAGUCCCACGUCUACGUGGCGGGGUCCAUGGAGCCCGGCUUCGCCAAGACCGUGGAGCGCUACCAGCCCACCCGGAACGCCUGGGAGCAGGUCUGCAGCCUGACCACCCGCAAGCACUCCUUCGCCCUGGCGGAGGUCAAGGGGAAGCUGUACGGCAUCGGGGGCCACGGCAACUUCAGCCCCGGCUUCAAGGACGUGGCCGUGUACAGCCCCGAGCAGGACAAGUGGCACAGCCUGGAGUCGGCCCCGCGGAUCCUGCGGGACGUCAAGGCGGUGGCCCUGGAGGACCGCUUCGUCUACGUGGCCGCCCGCACGCCCGUGGACGGGGACAGCGAGGACGGGCUGCGGGCCGUGGUCACCCGCUACGACACGGAGACCCGGCACUGGCAGGACGUGGAGUCCCUGCCGCUCCUGGACAACUACUGCCUCUUCCAGGCCGCCGUGGCCGGCACCAACUUCUACCACACGGCCUCCUGCUGCCCCCGGAGCUACGCCGUGGACCGCGAGGAGGCCCGGCGGAAGAGCGCCGCCCGGCCCUCGGCCGAGAUCCUGGAGAGCCUGCCUCCGGAGGUGCUGGGCGUCGAGGGGGCCGCCGUCUGCUACUACCGGGACGACGUCUUCGUCAUCGGCGGCUGGAAGAACAGCGACGACGUCGACCGGCAGUACCGCAGGGAGGCGUACCGCUACUGCGCCGAGCGGGGCCGCUGGCUCCUGCUGCCGCCCAUGCCCCAGCCCCGCUGCCGGGCCACCGCCUGCCCCGUCAGAAUCCCCUACCGCUGCUUGCACGGCGCCCAGCGCUACCCCAUGCCCCAGAACCUCGUCUGGCAGAAGGACCGCAUCCGCCAGAUGCAGGAGAUCCACCGGCACGCGCUCAACCUGCGCAGGACGCCCCGCUCCCAGAUCGAGUGCUGACCCGGGGCGGC